CUUGCAUUCUGCGGAUAUCUCCUUUUUUGGGUCUUUCUUUCUCUAUACUCUGAUCUUCACCAAAUUCAUCUAUUAUACAAAACUAGAUACAAUACUUUGGAUAUUAUUAGUUAGAUUUAUUUUUCUAUGUUAUUUUUGCUAUUACAAUUUUUUACAAUUUGCUCGUCUGCCUGGACCACACAAUAUCAAGCAUGAACCUGCUUUAUAUCCUAUUACUCAUCCUUUGGUCAGCUUUCAAUAGUUCCAGCUCCUUCCUUAUCUACAAUGAGGACCACAACAAAUGUGUGUAUGCCGUGAGUGCUAACGUAGUGCUGACUGCUCCAUGCGAUGCAACUUUCAAAGUUCAACUCUUCCAAUGGAUUUCCUCUUCACGAAUCAUUAGCCUCGCUUUUAGUCUCUGUUUAGGGGUCGAGAAGAUUGAAGACAGGGGCAAAGUUAUCCUUCUGCCCUGCAAUGAAUCUAACCCCGAACAAACCUGGGAAUGUAAAGAUGAGACCUUGUUUGGAUUGAAGGGACAUCCACUGCACCUGAACUAUGGAGGUUAUGAGCCAAAUAUGAUGUUGCAUACAGAAACAGGUGUUUGGAGUCGCUGGAUGAUUUAUGGGACUGACAAAAAUUUGUGUUCUCGUGGAUAUCGAGAGAUGGCUAUUGAUCCAAAUGGGAAACCAUGCCAUUUCCCUUUUCAGUUUGGUGGCCACUGGUUCUCUGAUUGCACUGUGUAUGGCAGAGGUGAUGGUCUGCUGUGGUGUGCCACAGUCCAAAAUUACAACGCUGAUCAACAGUUUGGCUUCUGCCACCCAAGAAAUGCCCCAGUGCCCAACAUCACAGUGUUCAGGCAGAUGCAGGACAGAGAGCAUGUGAUAGUCAUGUGUUCAUUUGGCAGGAGGUUCAUUGAGAGCUCUUUCCAGCUGUCAGUGAAGGGUGAACACAGCUACACACUGAAGAACCCACUGUGUUAUUCAAAUGAAAAGUGUGUGUUUGAUGCGAAAGUGAGCUCAUCUGUUUCCUUCACCUGUGUGCACGAGCUGAAUUCACUGGUGAGCCAUCGCAGUGAGACCUACACGGAUGAUUAUGAGGAAGGAGCAUCUUUAUUCAACAUCUGCUUUUUCUCCUUCAUUACUGUUGGUCUCGUCAUCAUGACUGUGGCACUGAUCGUGACCACCAUCAGGAGCAAAGCUUAAGGAUUAGAUUUGAUCUUUAUCUUCAGUAGUUUUCCAGCACACACACUAACCCAGUGAACUCAGACUCCAUCAACUCCACCACAAUUGUUACCAACGAUGAGUACAUGAACAAAUAAUCAGAAGACUUUCUGAAG